UACCGCACAGCUCGACGUACAUACCCGUACACGAUCCGCCGAUUCCGAGUCCGAGUCCGAUUUCGAGUCCGAGUCAAAGCCGAGCUCCCGCAACCAGGCACAGCCAGCACACACACACACACACUAUUUUUAAAUAUAGCGCAGCGCAGAGUCGUCUCAGCCAACAAUUACAAAUUACAACAACAAAAAAUAACACACACAACUAAAUCAACAUGAAAUUCUCAGUCACCAUUGCCGCCCUGUGCCUGUGCCUGGCCUUUGCCGCUGGCCAGCAAUACUUUCUAGGACAAUUCCCCGGCCGAUCGCGCUUCGCCUACGAUCCUUUGGCCCUGGCACAGCCCUCGGCAGCGCAGAUCCGUGAUCCGCGCCAGAACAGAGGACCCGUUGUGUUCCCCCCCUCGCCCCCGGAUGCGAUUGAGGAGUCGAGCGGCGUUGUUGUUGGCGCCUCUGGCUUUGGCUUUGUGCCACCUCAGCAAACGGUGGCAGCUGUGGCCGCGGCGGCUGGCGGCGUGGAUCCCACAUAUUUCAGCACCACAUUUCAAACGCCGGACACAUCGUACGCAACGUUCAACUAUUAUAGCAGUCCAUACAGUACGAGAUACACAUACUUCUGAGGCGACACGGGUCCGCUCCGGAGCCAAGAGUCGGGUCGAGUCGAGAGUCGAGUCGAGAGUCGAGUCAUGUGUAAGUAGUCAGUUAAUGAGGCGCCUAGGCAAAAUAUCUAACAAUGUUGUAAAUAAAUGUGUAAAAUAUGCAA